AUGAGUGAUACUUUAGGGGAUGAAGUUCUUAAUAAUUUACCUACUAAAAAGAAGUACACUAUUUUCGAUAAGAAAAAUGAAUAUUGUUAUAAUUCUUAUAUUGAAAAUAAUGCAAAAAAUCUCUUAGGAAACAAAGGGGAGCUUGCAAAUGUUUCUAAUAAAAUAUAUAAUGCCUUAUGUUAUGCAUAUAAUCAAUAUAAGACAAAGGUAUUUAAUAGUGAAGAUUGUAAUUAUCUGUACUUUUGGUUAGUUGAUAUGUUAGACAAAAAUUUAACAGAUGAAAAUUCCUUUUACGCUGCUAUGAUAAGACUUAAUUUUAUACUAGAGCAAGCAAGUCUGAGUACAUGUAAUUCUAGUAUUUAUAAAAUAAAUCCAAAAAAUGUUAAGAAUAUAAAGAUAUUAUUUGAUUUUUCUAAAGAUUAUGAUGAACUUAAAAAACAUUUUCCUACAUCUAAUAAGCCUUGUAAUGGUUCUUUUAAGUUACAUCUUGAUGGAUAUGUCAUGAAAUAUACUGAGUUCAAAAACAUUUGUAAUGAUUCAUAUAAUAGCCAUGAGACAUGUACAGCUUUUAAAAAAUAUUUUACAGAUAAGAAUAAUUUAAACUUAACUCAAUGGACAUGUAAUUUAGCAAGAAACAUUAAUGAUCAUGCAGCAUCACAAGAACUUGGAAGAAUGGGACAACACACUGUACAAGAAAAAUUAUUAAUAGCCGAGACAUAUUCACUUGAACAGAGUAGAAUACAUGGAGUAGGCGAAUAUACAAGUGAAGACAUAGAUGAAGAAAUUGAUAAAGGAAUGGAAGGUACAACAACAGAAGGUAGAGAAAAAGAAGUUGCUGGAAUAAAAGAUGAAAAUAUAGAAGGUGCAGUAAAAGGAGUUGAAGAUAUAGGAGUUAUAUAUAUAGGAAGUGCACAAAAAUCAGGUUCUGAUGGAGGAGGUGCUCAAAAAGAAGCUGAAGUCAUAACGGCUUAUCCUACAUAUGAACAACAGAUAAUAAACACACAUUCAGAAGAUCCUUCUCUGGAUGUUAACAAUACAAAAUCGAGUACACGUAUUGAUUUUUCAGCAUAUUCUUCUUCAAAUACUAUGGUCAUUGCUUCUUUAUUUGUAGGAAUUACAGUUUUUUUCAUUAUACUAUACAAAGUAAUUGUUAAUUUUUCUCCAUUUGGGUAUUGGUUAAAAAAAUCCUUACUGCGAAAAUAUAGAAGGAAACAUAAUAUAAUAAUGGGUGGAAAUACAAUAAGAAAUUAUUCGAUUUCUGAAGAUAUAGAUUCACCAAGAAGAUUUAGUGUAAAAUACAAUAGUAAUAUAUAA